AUGGGCUGCUGCUUCUCCGUGUCGCGUGAUUCCCACGACGCUCAGUCCCCCUCAGAAGACCACCACCACCACAACAACAAUCACGACACAACGAACGAACCCUCAUCGACCCGUCCCCAUCGAUCCUCAUCCCUAACAUCCCCGUCCUCGUCUUCCCGCCACCGACCGCCCCUUAUCCUCAACCACCACCCCUCGUCCUCACGGCAAUCCCGCCAGAAGCACCCACCCCAAAACCAAACCCCAGUCCCAUUGCCCGAGCACAUUAACGCACCGAUCCGCCCGCACAUCUGGAACAGCAAGAAGCGCCUAUGGACGCGCACACUUCUCGAUCGCGAACGCACCGAGUUCUUCGAAACCCGCGUCACCGGUCGUCCCGAGGUAUGGGCUGCGCUAUCCGCUGCUCUGACGUUCAUGCGGAAUGAGGACUUUGGGACUGCGCAGAGCAUUAUCGAUGCGGCGGGCGUCACUGUUCCAACAGGGGAUCUUUGUCAAGGGUGCUAUGAUGAGCAGGGAGUGCUUUACCGAUUGCCGAGGUGCAUCGUGAGUGAUCCAGAUAAUAUCGUUGUCGAUACUGGUGAAGAUGGGAGCACGGAUGGGGAGGAUGUAGAUGUGGGUUUUGAGGUGGAUGAUAGGAAGGACUUUGGUGAUGAGGUAGAAUCCGGGGAUGAGUUGAUUGGGGAGGAUGGUGAGAGUGAACGGAGGAGGGACGAGAAGGGUAAGACGAGUGAGCGCGACUUGAUCCGGGUGAAGGCGAGAUUGAGUGAUCGCGAUGGAGAGGAUCUUGUCGUCACUGUGAAUAAGGCGCAAAAUGUCGGGUUUCUUGCGCGGAAGGUGCAGCAGGAAGUCGGAAUACCCAGGACACAGCGCGUCCGAGUCGCCUACCUAGGCAAGAUCCUCAAAGAGAAUACACCACUCGUCGACCAGGGUUGGAAGCCAGGCAAUGUAGUAAAUGCUAUGGUUGUCGCACGGCGAUCCUCAACCUCAUCGUGA